AUGAUAGUUAAUUAUAAUCCUGAUCAUAUUGUACCUCAACACUUACUUCAAAAUCCAUCCUAUGCGCAUUUAAUAAAUGAAAUCAAAUUUCCAUUAUCAAAGGCGUUAAUUGAUCGUUGUUUAUCAAAAUUUAAAUAUGUGAAAUCUAUUACAUGGUACAAUUAUAAUCGUUUACAUGUCGUUCAUUUAAUGAAAUAUUCACCAAAGAUAUUUCGAUUUAUUCCAAGAAAAUUUAAUCUUGUCAAAAUAAUUUAUUUAGCGAAUAGUAGUAUAACAAUUGAUAAUCAACUAUCAAAAUUAGAUCAAUAUUUAAGUGAUCUAUACACACCAAAAAUGAAAAUUGAACAUUUACUAUCAAUUCGUAUUCACAGAGAUUUAAUAUUAAAUGUUAAUGAAACGGAUAUAAAGGAAAUUUUAAUUGAAAAGCUAAUUUUUUUAGAAACAAAUAUCAUUGAAAUACAAAAUUAUAUAAAUGAUAACAGUGAUAAUAGAAAACAAUGA